ACGAUAACAGAUAAGAGAGUUUUAUUUUUCCUGAUGCCGCGCAGGAAUUACCCUGCGUUGGCUUAAAGAUACAAAGUCUCGCAGUACCGACAAAAAGCAUUCGCUGGUCUUAAUAAUGCCGUCUGCCACCCACAUUCCCGCCUGGAGACGGUUAGGUCUCAAGUUGAAAUCCGCUCAAGACUCUCCCUUUGUUGAUUCCCCGCCCGUGGACGAGACAGUCAAGAGGAAGAGAACCACUGCAGAAGACAACACACCCUCCAAGAAGUCGAAGAAGAACUCUGAGCCCUCAAUCGAGUCUUCUCGAGAACCAUUCACCCCUCAACUUCUGCGAAAGAAGUCUGUCACGUUCACGCCAGAGACAAAGUAUGAGGACGGUGAUAGCAUAAAGCAACUGUUCAACUCCUGGAAAGCAGAACAGCAAGCACAGGAUCCUGCUUUUACUUUCGGAAAUUCAAAUCUAGCGUUUGAUACUCCAGAGCCACCACGAGUUGAAGUAGAGAUAGACACGAAACUUGACGAAAAAGAACGAAGAGUUAAAAGGGUGAAACCAGCACAGGAGAAGGAAAGAACCACAAAAACAAAAAAACCUUCAAAGAUUGUCAAACAGCCUACGCCAUCUUCUCGCCCAUUCCUCCAAUACCUCAGGCAAUACUGCGAAUCCCGAGACUCUUGGAAAUUCAACAAGAACCAUCAAAACCAUCUACUCAAACACGCCUUCAAUAUCGGCAUUCUUCCUUCAGACCACGUACAUUUUCUCUACGAAUACGUCAAAGGCCUUCAAGGAGGAGUACGCACGAGAUUAAGGGAUACCGCCAUCGAGUUCAAGGUCAAGGACAACGACGUUGGCCCAGGAGGGUUUCCAGAAAGCAUGGUACAUCCGGAAAAGAGACAAAGAGAGUAUGAUAUUGCUAUGGAGGAGUAUGUCGCGACAAUGACGGCAGCGAAUGCACCCGAGGAGAUGGGAUAUGAGGAGGGCAUCUUACUUGGCCUUUCAGACAAAGCAAUGGAAGGAAGAGUCGCGAAGAGGAUGAGGACCGAAAAGAUUCUUGCUAUAUUAGCAUCAACACCAGAGCCAAGUGGGACAAUUGCAGCAAAGAUCAAUGGUGGCGAUGCGCCUCAGGAAGGUCUCGAAGUGAAGGAUGAAGCUCCGCAAAAAGUGGCCAGGAAGAGAAAGCAGCGAACGGUCGUUACGAUUGAUGACUCGGACUCGAGCUCAGAGAGUAGCGAUUCAGAUAGCAGCUCGGACGAAUCCACAGCUCAGAAUGAACAGGAGGGGGUUUCUUCUUCCAGUUCGUCCAGUUCAUCGUCCGAGUCCGAUACCGGAGAAGGAGAUAGUGAUGAUUCGGAUUCCGACAGCAGCGAGGACAGUGAAAGCGAAUAGACGUUACAUUGUCUGAUUAGAAUAUCAAUAAACAAACAUAUCGCCUUAGAGCAACUGUUGUUGCUUUCACGACACUCUGUAGGAGGGGGAGCGUUAGGUGGGUCGCCAAGAGCUCCUGGGAGGCUGGACAGAUGCUUUUCGUGGCAAAAAUACCCAGCGGAGGGGAAGGAACACGAUAACAAAUCAAAUACCCUUUCAAGUGCAUAUCACAAUCAGUUGGAGCCAAAGAAAGGCAACAAUAGCAAUAUCCGAUUAUGAAAAGUGUGCCUCGUGAACAAAAGCUCGCAUAUGCAGCUCACGCCUCUAACUGACGUAGGCGCGUUUUGAGACAACUAUGACCAAUGAAUUGACAUUUCGAUUCCCGUUCACAAUACCAUCUUGAUUAUCCGCAGCUUUCCCACAUGCCAAAACUGGUCGAAAGUGUCCUUAUCAAACUUGUUCCAGCGCUGUGCAUAGCUACUGUUUUUGACCGCGAC